AUGGCGUUGGUGCAGAACCCUCUCAGCUCAGGUCGCACGAAACACAUCGACGUGCGGUUUCAUUUCAUCCGCGGAUUGUUUAGGUCGGGGGAAAUUUCGGUCAAGUUUGUCCCGACAACGGAGCAACACGCGGACCUCCUCACCAAGGCCCUUAGCAGGGCCAGUCGGCAGUAUCACCGGCGCAAGCUGAUGAAUUUGCCGAAGUAGCUGUAGCAGUUUCUAGCACUUGGGAGAGGCCAUGUUUUCCGUGCGGGGAAAGGCGCAUAACUGUUGCGGUCUGUGUACCACUGGCAGGAGUAGGGGGCGUUGGGAGACCAUCGUCCGGGGGAACGUAGUUCCUCGCGUUCUUGUCUUCGCCUUGGCCUUUCUAGUAAGUGCGGCCGUUGUGAUCCGCUGUGAUAGCGACGGUUUUUUGUGGUGGUAGGUUUUUCCUUGAGGGGUUUUGCCCGGACG